AUGGUGGCCAACGUGUGGUACACCGUCUCCGCCGUGUUACUUAUUUUUGCGAUCAACUCCGGUAACGCCCAGAGCUGCGGGCAGGUGCAAGUGCUAAAGCAGGGGCUCAUCUUUGGGGGUGAUGCUUCUUCACCCGGCAUCUGGCCGUGGCACGUGGCCAUCUUUCACCGUGAGUCACUUCGAAACACCGUCUACAAAUGUGGCGCUACGAUAAUCAACAAGGAUACAGUAUUAACCGCCUUCCACUGUGUGGUGGAGAAUCAGCGGCCUAUUUCCGGAAAUCGGUUGAUCGUUCGGGCGGGUGUGUUUGACCUAGACGUUCGCAGCAGCACCUCCCAAGAGAACCGCGUGUUCGAUAUCGUAGCACCGGAUGGUGCUAGUGCACUCUACUUCACCGACGACAUUGCUAUCCUGCGAAUGCAGACCCAGUUCGUGUUCAACGAUUACGUGCAACCCGCUUGUAUACGUUCGGUCGAUCAGGACAUCGGGCAGCUGGUAGGGACCUUCGGGUCGGUGGUCGGCUGGGGAUGGACCGAACAAGAGUCGACUUCGGCGGAACUGCGCGAAGCAAAGAUACCGGUCGUGAGUGCGGACGAUUGCCUGCAGAGCAAUCGGGAGCUGUUCAGCCAGGUGCUAACGUCGAAGGUGUUCUGCGGCGGCAGCCGCAACGGCACCUCCAGCUGCAACGGCGACAGCGGUGGCGGAAUGUUCUUCAAGUUCGGCGCCUAUUGGUUUCUGCGGGGCCUCACCUCGUUCUCCGCGGUUGAUGCACAAAAAUCGGGCAUCUGUGACUCGCGAGGCUACGUGGGCUACACGGAUGUUUCGAAGUAUCUGGACUGGCUGCGGAGCAACGAUGUGCGGUUUGAGGACCCGCUGCGGAAUGUUCCGAUGCCGGGGGGCAGUGGGUCCGUAAACACUGGCAACACUACACUAAUUCGCUUGUCCGUCGACCCAAAAAUGAAACGGUUUUUGGAGGGCUACCAGGGAAGCAUUCUCCUGCGGGUAGAACUAAACGGCAAGCGUGUGAACAGUUUGUUUCAAUAA